CUCUAAAACAACCUCUCUCUCUCUCUCUCUCUAAUAUCUGUACGUCGCAGUACUCUCUCUGUACGUCACCCUCUCUCUAUAUAUGUAUAUAUAGGCCAUGUAUAGAGAUCUGUAGAGAAGCUGAUUAUAGUGGUUUCUGUGGUAGAGAUGGAGGAAGAGAAUAGGAAGAGGCCGGUAGAGGAAGAAGACGACUCAGGAAGAGAGGUUGUUGUUGUUGUCGCCGGAAAACGAGCUCGAACUCCGGCGAUCUCAGACGACAGCUUCAAGACCAACACAGACAACGACGAUGAAAUGAUAUCGUCGUGGUUGUGCAUUGACGAGGAGUCAGUGAGCGAGCUCGCGAAGCUUCUGGAAACUGAGGUCACUUCUCCGGUCAAAGUCAAGUUCAUCGACGAUCCCUACUCGUCGGCGCUCAUCUUCCAGUCAUCGUCGUCGUACAUCACUAUCAACGGCAACGAGGAGUCCUGCGGAUCUUCCUUCUCCGACUCCGACUCCUCCGUCAUGGCCAGCAUCGACACAGGAGGUAUCAACAUUGGCUUUCUCCGGGCGGCCUGGGGUUUGAAUGCCGCGGCGGCGGAGGGGGAGUGUAGUCAGGGUUUUUUGGGGGUCAAAGGAAUGGACGGCUUUGAUUGUUGCGAUUUGGAUGAGGAAAUGUUGGCGAGGUUUCUGGGUGAAGACUUUUUGGAGUGAAAAAGAAAAAAAAAAGGGGGGGAAAUUGUAAAUAGGGUUUUGAUAGGGUUUUAAUGGUGGGGAGGUUAAGGAAAUGUGAAUGUAGAAGAGAGAGAGAGAGAGAGGGUUGUGCACAAAUAUGAAUAUAGAAACAGAAAAGUGUACUUAACAGUGAAAAGGUUAAAAGAGAAAGAAAAGAGAAGGAAGACGUUUGUCUUUUAUUGAA